CUGCCAAAGCUCAUCUAUUUUCCUACCCUGCCCGAUUUUUCUACUUUUUUCGUUCGCGUCUCACAAUGUUUUCCAAUGGGCCGACAGCGAAACACCAACUUUGGACGCCUCCCGCGCUACGCGUACCUGUGCUCGUUAUUACAGUGCUUAUGUGCUGGGCCCUCAUCGCUAUACUUCAGUAUCUACUAAUUAGAAGUCAACGAGAUAGCGGGAUUAUGUUCGCACCAAAGAUCAACGACCUUCCACUAAGAAAGACCUUCUUCUAUCAACAUUUUCCAACCAUCGUCUCUGUCGUUUUCAGUAUAUACUGGGCAUGGAUCGAUCUAGAGACAAAACGAAUGGAACCAUAUUAUCAACUCAGUAAGAAAAAUGGCGCGCUUGGCAAGGAUUCUCUGCUUUUGCACUACCCGUUCGACUUUCUUCCUUUGGUGCCACUCAAAGCUUGCAAAGAUCGCCAUUGGCCCGUAUUCUGUGCUUCGUUUGCCGUCCUUCUUGUCACCUGGGGCCUGGUACCCACACAAGCUGGUAUUUUUUCCGUCCAGACAAUCACGCGGACUACGAAUGCGACAUUUUCAGUUUCUACAUCCAACAUGCCAGUCGCAGAACAAGCAUCAAGGCUAUCAUUCCGAUAUGCGCAGUCUACGUAUGGUAUCGUGACUCUGAACGAAACUCUUCCACCGUUUAUGGCCCGCAACUACACGCUAGCACCAUUCAAAAUAACCAAUGAUUCCAGUCAAACAGCACAAGGGUAUGGAAAUUGGACCGCGGAGACGACCAUGUAUUUCCUAGAACUAUACUGCGAAAACGUAUCGCAUCAGGCCAGCAGUUCCAACGCAUCACCUAUCUACUUGAGCAGCAACGGCUGCAAUUUUACUGCGGGGCUUACCGGAAAUCUGACCGUAGGCGAAGGAAGCGACGACGGCCAGGCUCUCGCAAUCAGACAAUACACAGGACAAUAUAUAGGGUACUGGAAUCCCCAGGGGUUCGCCGACUAUUCGUUGGACAAAUCCUGCCCGAAGACUGCAAAUCAAACAUUCUUCGCUGCAUUUUCGAAAAGCAAGAACAAGGAAGAAGACACACCACAAGAUGUAGCUGCCAUAUACUGUACUCCAUUUUAUUAUCAGCAAUCUGUCUCUGCAACUGUUGACAUACUCAAUCAAAGACCGCUGAAUAUCCGGUCCGUGGGCGAGAAGCAUCGACUCGCAAUGGAUAUAUUUAACAUUACAAUAUUCGAGGAACUUCUGAACACGCGUUCUCUGGGUUCUGGGGUUCGCGGCGAUAUCCUUCCUGCCACAUCAAUGCCGAGAUAUCUGGAGUCACUUGCCAAUUUAAACGUCAGCUUGACUGGUGGAACGGGCAGCAUCAACCAGGCUCCGGUAGGUUUAGCCCUUGGCGUUGGCAACCGACCCCUAGAAGAAUACCUCGACUGGAAAGUUCUCAGCAAAUCGUACGCGGACGCUUAUCGACUUAUAUUCGCCCGUGCUAUGGUGGAUGUCCUCGGCAACGACUUUCGGUCUUCGAAAGCCGCUAUUGGAAAACGUCAAAUAAGAACAGAGGCGGUAGUGCUGCAGCCACUAUUUACUUACAUUGUAGAGGGUCUACUGGGAAUCGUAUCGCUAGCUACACUUGCGUUACUCUGUUUAUCGCUCUCUCAAAAACGAAACCUGCAUACAGAUCCUAAUACUAUAGCGAGCGUUAUGGCCAUCACAGCAGAUAACCAGCCGCUACUCUCAGGUUUCGCGGAGUUGGAUUGCUGUACUGUGGAUGAAAUGCAAAGCAUGGUAGGCAACAAGCGAUACAAGCUUGUUAAUUAUGGGCAUAAGACAGGUAUAGUCGAGGUUGGCCUUACAACCAAAACUCUCUCGAAGAAUCAAUCAUCGACACCCUUCGAGCUGCGACGGAAAACUCCAACAGCAAUUGCGAAACCUGUCCGACCAGUCGAAUUUAGCCUUUGGGUGGCUUUCCCGCUUGUCAACCUGUUCAUCGUUCUCGCCGUGGCGCUUGGAGUGAUCUACAUGAAAGCACGCGUCAAUGGACUUCCUCUACCUUCGUCAAACAAAAUCGUUCAGAAUCUACUCGAAAACUAUAUUCCGACUGCCAUUGCUACAAUGAUUGAACCGGUAUGGGUCUUACUCAACCGACUGCUUUGCAUGCUGCAGCCCUUAGAGGAAUUACGACACUGCAACGCAAAGGCGAAAGAGUCUAUUAAUCUUAACUAUAGCUCUCUUCCACCUCAACUAGUUAUUUUCAAGGCCAUAAAGUCUAGCCACUUCAUACUUGCAGCUGUAUGUGGAAUGGCGUUGCUAUCGAAUUUACUCGCCGUUGCAUUUGCGGGUCUCUUCAAUCAAGCCAUGAUUGAUAUGCGACGUCCGACAAAACUCUAUUCGCCAUAUGAUCUCAAGUUCGCAGCUAUCGACGGUACCAUCGGCCCAGUGGAUGGCCAAGAUUUCGGCUCGCGCAAUUUCUCUGGGGCAUACCAGGGUGGUGACGGAGAGGAUCAGUUUCUUGUCGCCGAAUCGAACUACACAAGAGGUACGCCAUUACCCGCUUGGACGGACGAUACAAUGUUCUACCUCCCGUUAUUCGCAGAAGGCGGCAGAAAUAGUAUCAGCAACGUAAACACUAGUCACUACGAGGCCUUGACCCCGGCGUUCGGCGCUGAACUAGAUUGCACUGAGCUCACUCUUGGUGGAGCUAACUUCGAGGCGGCAUUGAAAGUGGAAUAUUCAGGAUCCACGCCAUCAAACAGGGCAUUCAUAAACAUCACGAUACCCAAGGACUCUGGCGACGUUCACUGUUCCAGCCCUAGCUUUAGCGUUGGAUCCGGCCCGAUAGACUGCGUGAAUAGCCCAGCCUCACUAGAGUUUACCACGAAAUUAAACCCGCGCGUGAACGCAACACGAGAAGAGACAGAAGCUUGCAUGCGUCCAAUAAUCCUGGGAUGGGUGCGCCAUCCGCAAGGCUCCUGCCCGUUUGGCAAAGAAGUACAGCUGACCAAAGAGAAUUCGCUAUUCAUUCAAUGUCAGCCGAGAUGGGUGGUAGGGACUGCGAAGAUUCGUGUUGAUGGGUCUGGACGGUUACAGCACAGGGCGAGGGAUAAGGUAUUCCGAAAAUCAAAAAGCGAUGAUGACAGCGAAAUGCAACAACUAUUCAGUAACGAUGCCGUCAAUCUCAUGGGCCAAUCUAGUCGGUAUCUGAUCAAGCUUAAUCAACCAGCGUGGCAUGGUGACUCCUUCACCAGCGACUUUAUCAACUACUUCAUCAAGUGUGCCAGCAACAGCAGCCGGCUCAUCGACCCAAUACAGCACGUCCCAACAUUCAACGAUGUUCUAGGUCCUCUUAACAAGGCUUAUGCGGGUCUCUUCGCAAUCUGGCUAAGCACCAAUAAAGAAAAACUAUUAGUACACCGCGAGACGGAGCAUAUUGGUUCCAUUGAGGCUUGGAGAAUUGAGCCGGAGACACGUUUGUUUCUUUCGACGCCCAUGUUCGUUAUUUCCGAAGUGAUUCUCUGUACUUACGCUAUGGUUGCGAUUAUGGUGUACAUGCGCCGGCCUGGCCAGUAUCUGGCACGCCUACCAACGUCUGUCGCGUCUUCCAUCGCCCUGUUUGCCGCCAGCAGUGCGGUCCAAGAUAUGAGGGACACUUCGCACCUCAACAAGAAAGGUCGGGCACGACAUUUAGAAGAUCUGGAUUCACGCUAUGGAUAUGGGAGUUUCGUUGGUGGAGAUGGGCGGUUGCAUAUUGGCAUUGAAAAGACUCCGUUCGUGACACUCAGAUCGACGACUACUUGGCUGGAGAAGAGGGUUCCCCUAUUUCGCAAAGCGUCCGCGGGGCGUUGACCGAAACGUGUGGCAUCUAGCCUACACUUUAUGACUAGAAAAGUGGAUAGACAGCGAACAUAUAUUCCAAUGAGGUCGUCUCGCAUCGCUUGGGAUAUUGGCGAAUGCUUCACUCGCAUUUGGAUGGAAUUGGUCGCCUAAGUUUAAAAAUCGAUGGCGUAAGGAGGUCCUUUCAGUUUGCAUAAUAUAGACACAAUGUUGUUGUGAAGCGCAAGCGAGAAUCUUGUCGAAAAACCUAUUUAUGACGUACUGGUCUUGAGAGGUCCCCAGUCCCUGUGCCUGAGUGGAUGAUGUAAGAGAUGAACAGUGGCCACUGGCGCC